AUGGAUGUCGCAUCACUUUUGACACUAGUGCAAGCUUUACUCCAACUUUUAGAUUCUUCAUUUGCAAACAAAAUUGCAUCUGCUUGGAGUUUCAAAUCCCAGCUUGCAAAGAUGAAGGACACUAUGACUGCCAUAACUGCUAUUCUCCUUGAUGCAGAAGAGCGAGAGAGACAGCAGUUUCAAAGAAGAAGCAAUGUGGAACAUGAUUGGCUGGAGAAACUUAGGGAUGCUGUUUACGAAGCAGAUGACCUGUUUGACGAGGUUGCCGCUUUAGCUCGACGCAAAGAACUUAUCUCAGGCAAUCAACUUGCCAAAGAGCUAAGCCUUUUCUUUUCUCAUUCCAACCAUUUAGCUUUUGGUUACAAAACAUCUCGCAAGGUGAAGAAGAUAAGGGAGAGGUUGGAUGAAAUUGCCAAAGAUCAUCAUGACUUUGGUUCUUCUUCCUUAUCACUAGUUACUUCCCCGAUGGGGAGAAUGAUGGUUAAAAGAAGGGAAGACAUUCACUCAUUUGUAAAUGAGGAUGUUAUAGGGAGAGAUGAGGAAUAUAAGGCAAUCUUAGAUAUGUUAAUGGAUUCUAGUUUACAUGAUAAUCUUUUUAUUGUCACCAUAGUUGGGGUUGGGGGUUUAGGGAAGACCACUCUUGCUCAACUCGUCUAUAAUGACGAGAGGAUUAAGAGUGAGUUUCCAUUAAGAUUGUGGGUUUGUGUGUCCGUUGUAUUUGAUAUCAAAGUAAUUCUUCAUAAAAUUUUAAGCUCAACAACAAAUGACAAGUAUGACCACCUUGAGAUGGACCAAUUAUGGUGUUUAGUUCAAGAAAUCAUGAGUAAAAGUAAGUAUUUCCUUGUUUUAGAUGAUGUAUGGAAUGAGAAUCGUCAUAAGUGGCUUGAGUUGAGGAACUUAUUGAUUAAAGGGCAAAGGGGAAGUAGAAUUGUGGUUACUACACGUUCUAACAUGGUGGCUAGAAUCCUAGGGGACAGUUCUACAUAUGAUCUGAAGGGUUUCUCCGAGGAAGACUCGUGGCAUUUAUUUGAGAAAAUGGCGUUUGAAAAAGAGGUUGACCAGAUGGAUAUGGGCCUUGUUGAGAUAGGGAAAUCUAUUCUUAAAAAGUGCUGCAAUGUUCCCCUUGCCAUAAGAGUUGUUGGAAGUCUUCUUUAUGGUCAGGGCAAACCCACAUGGCUGUUAUUUAAAGACUUAGACUUAAGAAAAAUAAAGCAAGAGGAUAACAAUGAUAUAAUGCCUAUACUGAAGCUGAGCUACCAUCAUCUUGCAUUGUCAUUGAAGAGCUGCUUUAGUUAUUGUGUCUUGUUCCCCAAGGAAUAUAGGAUAGAGAAGGAUAUUUUGAUUGGCUUGUGGAUAGCAAACCAUUUCAUUGUACCCUUAGAUGGGCAAAGUGUUGAAGAAGCUGGAGAGGAACAUUUUAUGACCCUGUUACAAAGGUGCUUCUUUCAAGAUGUUGAAAGAGAUGACGUUGGUGAGAUUGUAUCAUGCAAAGUCCAUGAUCUUAUGCAUGAAGUGGCUCAAGAAGUAGCAGAAACAGACGUUAUAUAUUGUGUUGCAGGCCAAUUGAAGAAUAAUUAUCGGCAUUUAUCUCUAGGACAUCUCGACGUGGGAAGCAUUCUGAGAUCUGUGGGUGAUUUGAAACGGCUACGUACACUAUUUCUUUUGGGGCAUAUAAAAGGCUCUCUUGAAGUUGUUGACAGUGACACGAGAGAACUCUUUUCAAAGGAGAAAUGCUUGCGUGUCUUGCGCUUAUGUCACAAGAGCAUUAAAUCAUUGCCCAACACAAUAGAUAAACUUAUUCAUUUGAGAUACCUUGACCUGUCGUAUAAUUAUGAGCUGCAGUUUCUUCCUGCAACAAUUUGUGAACUAAUUAACUUGCAGACAUUAAAAUUAAAGAAGUGUUGGAGCUUAGAGGAGUUGCCGAAGAACUUGAGAAAACUAGUGAAUCUAAGGCACUUAGAUCUUAAUGAUUGCUUCAAUUUGAGUCAUAUGCCACCAGGAAUGAGCAACUUAAUUUGCCUUCAAAGUCUAUCAAGGUUUGUUGUGUGUUUUGAUACUACUGCACCUGCUUGUCGAGGUAAGCUGGAAGACUUGGAGAUUCUUGCAAACCUCAGAGGCAAUCUUCAAAUCGUGGUGAUAUCUACUGAUCAAACUCAUGAUGAUGCGAAGCUUACCCAAGCCAAGUAUGUCAUCAGAGGAUUGGAAUGUCUGAAGAGUAUAAAGGUUAAUGGUGGAUCUGCAGCACUGUUAGAAGGACUUCAGCCCCAUCCUAAUGUUAGAUGUUUAACAUUGAAACAGUACGAGGGGACGACAUUUCCAAAAUGGGAGUCAUCAGAGGACUUGAGGACUUCUCUUCCUGUCCUUCGUGAUCUUUUGGGUAUUCCAACGGACUUGAAAGAAAUCCCUUCACAGCAGGAUAAUUUGGAGUACAUCGAAGAUAAUAGUGGUGAUGGUGAUGGUGGAGCUUUUUCUGCAUCAUCUGGACCGAGCACCACUUGGGCAGAUGAUCAGUCAAUGUCAUUCUUUCCAUCCCUUGAAUCACUUUAUUUGAUACAUUUUCCAGAGUUAAAAGGAUGGCAGCGAUGUUCUUCAGGAGACAUGGAUUUGCAAUUGAGCUAUGAUGAACAAAACCAACCAUUUUUCUUACGCCCAGUACCAUAUCAAUUCCCUCGUCUCUCUCUUUUGGACAUCAAACACUGCCCAAACCUAACUUCCAUUCCUUUAAGUACAAGUUUGGAAAAGUUGAUUCUGUGCUCUAGUUCAGAUGAAUCAAAUUCAUUUUUGUCCUAUGGGACAGGGAUUUCACAACAGCUGACCAUUGGAUUUGGCAAAAAUGAGAGUCUGACAAGUUUGUUUAUUGUAAGAGAGGUGUUUCAUAACUGCCUAUUUCCCACUCUUUGUAGCUUGGAAAUUCAGGGAUGGAGUAAACUGAAGAGCUUGUGUGGAGGAGGUUUGGAGCAUCUCAUCACCUUGCAGGAGCUCUACCUACAGGACCUUGAUGAAUUGGAAGAACUGGAUGAUCAUAUGCCUUGGAGAUCACUCACCAAUCUUCGUUACUUGGGAUUGAAAAAUCUUCCAAAGCUACUGAGUCUACCUAAGGGAGUUCAACGGAUAACUUCUCUUCAAUCACUUUCUAUAGAUGGAUGUAACCAAUUAGCAUCGUUGCCUGGAGCAUUGCACAACCUUGUCAUCCUUGACAUAAGAAAUUGCCAAGGCCUGAAAAAGAUGCCAAGAGCCUGUUCAGAAGACUAGCUCAAGAUUCCACGUCCCCCAAAUUUUCAUCUUUUAGUAAUUAUCGACUCCAGCGAAGAGCAUUGUUCAAGCGUUUGAAUCUGUAAGUCAGGAAUUCAGAGAAAGGAUAGAUAGCUUCAUUCCUUGAUGGUCAGCGAUUCAGACAGGGAUGAUCAAAGCAAACCAGUUCAACACUCAACAUGAAAUUAUUGUGUAUACAAGAAGGUCCAAAGCAAGUCAACUUUAACAUGAACACUAUUAUUCUUAACAAAUGGCUUCUUAUCAAUUUCACUUAGCCCAAGUCCUCAACAUACUUCAUAUCAAUGUCCUCAGUUGUACUCCCUCCUUACUCUCCUCAUCAAUCCUCUCUUCUUCACACGUGCUUCUCUAAUUGAUGAUCGGAUAUGCAUUAUAGGGAUAAAAAGAGGGGGAUUUCCCCUGUUUUUUUUUUUGUUUUUUUUUG